AUGAGUAUUCAUUGCAAUUUCACGGACUUGGAGAGGACUUUGCGUGAUCGCUUGGUUUGUGGUAUUCGGAGUAAAGAGGUCCAAAGAAAGCUGUUGCAAUGUGAGAAGUUAACAUUUAAGCAAGCAACAGAGAUAGCAUUUUCACAUGAGAGUGCCACAUUUGAUUCCAGUAUUAUUAUAUUGCCAGGAUCAUCUAAACCAGAUGUGGAGGUUGAUGAGCCCAUGGAGGUAAACAAAAUCACUAACAUAAAGGUUGACAAACAGAAUAAAUCGUGCUUCAGGUGCGGUAGGCAACAUAGAGGAGAGUGCAGAUUCCGUUGGAGUAAAUGUAAUUCUUGUGGCAGAACCGGCCACAUUGAGGCUGUAUGUCUUACUAAAAAUAAAAAGGAUAUGGAUAUAAGGCAUAAAUCAAACUGCAAUGGAUUAUAUGCAAAUGUAAACAAUGUUAGAGAAAAUAAAGCUGACCCUAUUAUGGUAAAGGUGUCAAUUGAAGGUUCUGUUAUUGAAAUGGAAGUGGACACGGGAUGUGCAUAUACUCUAAUUUCUGAAGAGACAGCCAGACUCAUAUGGAAGGGGAAAUUACCUAUAUUAGAGAAAGAUGGUGUCACAUUGUCUACGUGGACAAAGGACCAAUUACAGAUAUUGGGGACAGUUAAGGUGCAAGCUUGUUUCAAGGGAUUACAAGAUAACCUUAUGAUGAUUAUAGCCAGGGGUGAUGGACCUAGUCUUUUAGGACGUAAUUGGUUUAGGCCAUUCGGAAUACGGGUUGAAGGAGUUAUGCAUCUGAAAAUAAACAAUGAUGAGAUUAGAAGACUUCUCCAAAAAUAUAGUGAUGUUUUCCAAGAAGGUUUGGGGAAGUAUAAAGGCCCAAUGGUGAAUAUUAAACCUCGGGAAGGAGCGGUGCCCAAGUUUUUGAAAAGUAGACCCAUUCCUUUUGCUCUGAGAGAAAGAGUAAUGAAAGAAAUAGACAGGUUAGUAGAGGAAGGAGUAUUGGAACCAACCGCACACUCUGAGUGGGCUACUCCGAUAGUACCUGUCCUGAAACCAAAUGGUAAUGUAAGGCUUUGCGGUGACUAUAGGUCUACGGUUAAUAUGGUAACUGACACCGAUACAUACCCUCUACCUACUUUGGAUGAGGCCUUCACCGCUAUACAGGGUGGCACAAUUUUCAGUAAGAUUGAUCUAGAAAGGGCUUACACUCAGGUUAGUGUGGAUGAGGCAACGGCACAGCUACUAACAAUAAAUACACCGAAAGGCCUUUAUAAAAUGAAACGUUUAGCCUUCGGGGUCAAGGCGUGUCCCGGCAUCUUCCAGAGACUUAUGUCUUCCUUGCUUGUAGGAAUAAGAGGAAUAGCUGUAUUAUUGGAUGAUAUUGUUGUAAGUGGCAGAGAUGUCGCCGAGCAUAACUCCAGAUUAGAAAUGGUGUUAAAAAAAUUACAAGAAGCUGGCCUAAGAGUUAACAAGGAAAAGUGUAACUUUGCAGUACAGAGUGUGAAAUUUUUAGGGUUUCUCAUUGAUGAAUGUGGCAUACACCCUUGUGAAGAUAAAAUACAGGCAAUCGAGAGUACACCGGCACCAAGUAAUAUAAAAGAGCUCCAAGCAUUCUUGGGGUUGCUUAAUUUUUAUGAUCGGUUUUUACCGCACAAGGCUAAUAUUGCUGAACCACUUUACAAGUUGCUAAAUAAGGAUAUGAAAUGGCAAUGGACUAUGCAGCAUCAGAAGGCAUUUGAAAAGCUGCGGAAGAUGUUGUCGAGUACUGACACUCUAGUCCACUAUGAUGUAAAUAAGGAGAUAAUUAUGUCAUGUGAUGCGUCACAAUUUGGCUUGGGCGCAGUUCUAGAACAUGUGAUGGAAGAUGGAUCAGUCAGACCGGUAAUGUUUGCCUCAAGGACAAUGAACAUUCAUGAAAGGAAUUAUGGUCAGAUAGAUAAAGAGGCAGCAGCUAUAGUAUUUGGCCUCAAGAAAUUCCACCAGUUUAUUAGUGGUAGGAAGAUUACGAUCAGAACCGAUCAUAAACCGUUAUUGGGGUUGUUUGAACCUAAAAAACCCAUUCCAAAUGUGAUAUCUCCAAGAAUGCUCCGCUGGGCAUUACUAUUGAACUCUUAUGAUUACUCCAUACAGUAUGUGGAAGGUAAAAAAUUAGGAAAUGCUGAUGCUUUAAGCAGGUGGCCGUCCCAGGACCAAUCAGCUGAAGAGGAAUAUUUAGGAGUCCUCCUUAUAGAAGAAACUCCAUCAGAUCUGGAACUGUCCGCCAGUGAAGUGGCGAAAUUGACAACUAAAGAUAAAACACUAAGCAAGGUGUUAUACUGGAUUCGAAACGGGUGGCCCAGCAAAGUAGAUGUCGAAUAUAAAGUAUACUGGCAGAAACGCAACGAAAUAUCAGAAUAUAGAAACUGUAUUCUGUGGGGCAAUCGAGUGAUUAUACCGGAUAAGAUGAGGCCGUACAUCCUACAGGAAUUACAUUCAAAUCAUGACGGAAUAGUGAUAACAAAAGCCUUAGCGCGAAGUUAUUUUUGGUGGCCGGCUAUAGACAGGGAAAUAGAAAAUUUGGUAAAAAAAUGCGAAACUUGUGCUGAAAAUAGAAAUAUGCCCUCACAAGUGAGCCAUAAGUGGAUAAGGCCGGAGAAAGCAUGGUCACGGUUGCAUGUUGAUUAUGCAGGGCCAUUUCAAGGAAAAACAUUUCUCAUAUUGAUAGAUGCCUAUUCAAAAUGGCCUGAAGUAAAGAUUGUCUCGGAUAUGAGCUCAGGGACACUUAUAACUGUUUUACGGGACAUAUUUGCAGAACAAGGGUUACCAGAGACCUUGGUCAGUGAUAAUGGCAGAAGUUUUAUUUCGGACCAGUUUAGAGAAUUCUUAUCAGCUAAUGGAAUAAGACAAGUCUUGACGCCACCGUACCAUCCAGCGUCUAAUGGGCAAGCUGAGAGGACUGUACAGACGGUCAAGAAUAAAUUAAAGAAACAGUCCACACUUCCAUGGAACAUAAGAUUACCUACAAUAUUGUAUGGAUUGCGUACUACACCGAAUAGUACGAAUGAUAAGUCACCGGCGGAACUUUUAAAUAACAGGCGUUUCCGGACCAAGUUUGAUCACCUUAAUCCACUUACAUUUAAGAACCAGGAAGAGACGCAAGUGUGUGACGAGAAUGAAAACACUCAAGUACGUUCAUUUCAGACGGGACAGACGGUGUAUUUUCGGAAUUACAGUUCAGGACCGCGCUGGUUGAAAGGAGUCAUCGAGAAGAGACAAGGCAUUUGUAGGUAUAUAAUAAAAUGGAACGGAAAGUUAAUGAAGAGACAUAUUAAUCAGAUACAAGGUCAUGGGGGAAAGGCGGAAGAUAUCCCUCAGAAUGCUACAGAAGAUACAGGUCAUGAAGUAAUACGUGACACUGAGACCAAACCAUGUGAAGAUAGUGAUGAGGAUGAAGAACUUAAUGUAAAAAUAAAUGCUACACCCCCGGCCUCUCAAUGGGCUGAUAUCAUAGGGGUUUCCGGUCCUCAGGAUUAUACACUCAAUCAGAGCCAAGAACGCAUACCGCCAACCAACAAACGAAUGAGAUCGCCUUCAUCACCACAAAACAUGGAAGCAAAGAGACUGGCCAUGGAUUCAUAUGAGAGUCUGUCAGAGUCUGAUUAUGAACAGACAGAAGAUCCAAACCAAGACUUUUAA